CGUCCUGGAGCGUCACGGCGCGGGCGGACCGAGCGACUCGCUGCAGUUUGGCACGGCGGGUACUGGCGCGUCGGCCGCUCCGCUCCCCCGCCGGCAGCCUCGGGCGCGUGGAGCCAGCGGUCCAGGCGGUGGCGCGGGGGGCCGGGAGCGGGCCGGCGGCGGCGGCGGCGGCGGCGGCGGCGGCGGCGGCGGAGCAGGCAGAGGCCGGCUGGCCCGCGCUCGGCAGUCCGGGGCGCGCUCCAGCCUCGCCGGCAGCCGGGAGCUGAGGGCUCGGGCACCCUCCGGCCCGCGUCCGCGCGCGGCCACAUGGCUCGGCUCCGCGCGCUGCUCUCCUGCCUGCUGCCCCUGCAUUACGCGCUCUGCGCGGCCGCGGGCAGCCGGAUCCCAGAAUUGCGUCUCUCUGGAAAGCUCCGUGAAUAUGGUGUGACAGUGCCAUGCAGCACAGAUUUUCAGGGACGCUUCCUCUCCCACGUGCUGUCUGGGCCGGCAGCAGCCUCUGCAGGGAGCACCGUAGCGGAGGGGCCCCCUGCACCGCAGUCACACUCGGGUCCCCUCCGGGUGGCCCGCAGCCUCCCGCGCCCAGAAGGAGCCACCUUGCACCCUGGCCGGGCGGGGCGCCCCUCCCUCUACUUCAAUGUCACGGUUUUUGGGGAGGAACUGCAUCUGCGCCUGCGGCCCAACCGACGGCUGGUGGUGCCCGGAGCCUCGGUGGAGUGGCAGGAGGAUUUUCGGGAGCUCUUCCGACAGCCCCUACGGCGGGAGUGUGUCUACACUGGGGAUGUCAUGGGCAUGCCUGGGGCCGCUGUUGCCAUCAGCAACUGCGAUGGAUUGGCGGGCCUCAUCCGCACGGACAGCAGCGACUACUUCAUAGAGCCCCUGGAGUGGGGGCAGCAGGAGCAGGAGGCCAGCGGGAGGACGCACGUGGUGUACCGCCGGGAGGUCCACCAGCAGGAGUGGGCUGAGCCCGGCGGGGACCUUCACAAUGAAGCCUUCGGCCUGGGCGACCUCCCCAACCUGCUGGGCCUGGUGGGGCAGCCGCUGGGCGACGGGGAGCGGAAGCGGCGGCACGCGAAGGCGGGCAGCUACAGCAUCGAGGUGCUGCUGGUGGUCGAUGACUCGGUGGUGCGUUUCCACGGCAAGGAGCACGUGCAGAACUACGUCCUCACCCUCAUGAACAUCGUGGAUGAGAUUUACCACGAUGAGUCUCUGGGGGCCCACAUAAACAUCGCGCUGGUCCGCUUGAUCAUGGUUGGUUACCGACAGUCUCUGAGCCUGAUUGAGCGUGGGAACCCGUCUCGCAGCCUGGAGCAGGUGUGUCGCUGGGCGCACUCUCAGCAGCGCCAGGACCCCAGCCACUCGGAGCACCAUGACCACGUGGUCUUCCUCACCCGGCAGGACUUCGGGCCCUCAGGGUAUGCGCCUGUCACCGGCAUGUGCCACCCCCUGAGAAGCUGUACCCUUAACCACGAGGACGGCUUCUCCUCAGCCUUCGUGGUGGCCCAUGAGACUGGCCACGUGCUCGGCAUGGAGCAUGACGGCCAGGGGAACGGCUGUGCGGACGAGACCAGCCUGGGCAGCGUCAUGGCACCCCUGGUGCAGGCUGCCUUCCACCGCUUCCACUGGUCCCGCUGCAGCAAAGUGGAACUCAGCCGCUACCUCCCCUCCUACGACUGCCUCCUCGAUGACCCGUUUGUGCCCACCUGGCCCCGGCCCCAGGAGCUGCCAGGUGUCGACUACUCAAUGGACGAGCAAUGCCGCUUUGAUUUUGGCUCUGGAUACCACACCUGUUCUGCAUUCCAGACCUUCGAGCCCUGUAAGCAGCUAUGGUGCAGCCGCCCUGACAAUCCGUACUUCUGCAAGACAAAGAAGGGGCCCCCCCUGGAUGGGACCGAGUGUGCGCCUGGCCAGUGGUGCUUUAAAGGUCACUGCAUCUGGAAGUCGCUGGAGCAGACUUACGGCCAGGAUGGAGGCUGGAGCUCCUGGACCAAGUUCGGGUCAUGUUCGCGGUCAUGUGGGGGCGGGGUUCGAUCCCGCAGCCGGAGCUGUAACAAUCCCCCCCCAGCCUAUGGAGGCCGCCUGUGUCCAGGGCCCGAGUUCCAGUACCAGAUAUGCAACAGCGAGGAGUGCCCUGGGCCCUAUGAGGACUUCCGGGCCCAGCAGUGUGCCAAGCGCAACUCCUACUACAUCCACCAGAACGCCAAGCACAGCUGGCUCCCCUACGAGCCUGAGGACGAUGCCCAGAAGUGUGAGCUGAUCUGCCGGUCAGAAGACACAGGGGAUGUGGUCUUCAUGAACCAGGUGGUCCACGAUGGGACACGCUGCAGCUACCGGGACCCAUAUAGCGUCUGUGCCCGUGGCGAGUGUGUGCCCGUCGGCUGUGACAAGGAGGUGGGAUCCAUGAAGGCAGAUGACAAGUGUGGGGUCUGUGGCGGCGACAACUCUCACUGCAGGACUGUGAAGGGGACACUGGGCAAGGCCUCCAAGCAGGCAGGAGCUCUCAAACUGGUACAGAUCCCAGCGGGUGCCCGGCACAUCCAGAUUGAGGAGCUGGAGAAGGUCCCCCACCACAUUGCGGUGAAGAACCAGGUCACAGGCAGCUUCAUCCUCAACCCCAAGGGCAAGGAAGCAAUGAGCCGGACCUUUACUGCAAUGGGCCUGGAGUGGGAGUACGUGGUGGAGGACACCAAGGAGAGCCUCAAGACCAGUGGGCCCCUGCCUGAAGCCAUUGCUGUCCUGGUGCUCCCCCCCGCCAAAGGGGGUCCCCGCAGCAGCCUGGCCUACAAGUACGUCAUCCAUGAGGACCUGCUGCCUCUUAUCGGGAGCAACAACGUGCUUCUGGAGGAGACGGACACCUACGAGUGGGCGCUCAAGAGCUGGGCCCCUUGCACCAAGUCCUGUGGAGGAGGGAUCCAGUUUACCAAAUAUGGCUGCCGGCGCCGGCGUGACCACCACAUGGUCCAGCGGCACCUGUGUGACCACAGGAAGAGGCCCAAGCCCAUCCGCCGGCGCUGCAACCAGCACCCGUGUGCCCAGCCCACGUGGGUGACGGAGGAGUGGGGUGCCUGCAGCCGGAGCUGUGGGAAGCUGGGGGUGCAGACCCGAGGGGUGCAGUGCCUGUUGCCCCUCUCCAACGGUACCCACAAGGCCAUGCCGGCCAAGGCCUGCCCUGGGGACCGGCCUGAAGCCCGGCGGCCUUGCUUCCGCGUGCCCUGUCCAGCCCAGUGGCGCAUGGGAGCCUGGUCCCAGUGCUCUGCCACCUGUGGAGAGGGCAUCCAGCAGCGGCAGGUGGUGUGUCGGACCAACGCCAACAGUCUCGGGCAGUGUGAGGGGGACAAGCCGGACACCGUUCAGGUCUGCAGCCUGCCUGCCUGUGCAGGAAAUCUCCAGAACUCUACAGUGAGCACUGACAUCCAGGAACCUGUGACCCCAGAAGAAGAGUGGGUGCCACAGUCUGGGCCCCUAUAUCCCAUUAACAAGAUAUCAUCAACAGAGCCGUGCACGGGGGACCGGUCCAUCUUCUGCCGGAUGGAAGUUCUCGAUCGCUACUGCUCCAUCCCUGGCUACCACCGGCUCUGCUGUGAGUCCUGUACCAAAAGGGCCCUGGGCCCCGACGCCAGCCUGGACCCACGCCUGACCUCACCACCACCCUUCUCCACCCCCGGGAGCCCUCUGCCAGGAUCCGAGGCCCCUCCAGAUGCUGUGGAGCCCACCGUGGGGCUGACAGGAGCAGAUGACCAUCAACAUGGCCAGCCCACACAGCUCCCAAGGCCUCUGGGCACCAGCUCCCCAGUGACCCAGCACCACUCUCCUCCCCAGAAUCUGAGCCCUCGGGUGUCCUGGGGCACUUCCCCCAGCGCCCCCCGGGGACUGCCUUGGGGCUGGACCAGGGCACCUGUACCCGUCUCCGAGGAUAAAGGACAGCUCAGGGAAGCCCCGAAGCCCCCAGGCACCGGCCUCCCGACCACGUCCCUGGUCACAUGA